AUGGAUGGGGACAAUCAGACUAUGGUCACAGAAUUCCUCCUCCUGGGACUCACUGGACAAUCAGAGAAAGAAGAGAUUGUCUUUGGGAUGUUCUUGUGGAUGUACUUGGUCACCAUCUCUGGGAAUCUUCUUAUCAUGCUGGCCAUCAGCUGUGACCCUCAUCUCCACACACCCAUGUACUUUUUCUUGGCCAACCUCUCCAGUGUUGACAUUAGUGCUCCGUCUGUCACUGUCCCCAAGGCACUGGUAAAUCACAUGUUGGGAAGCAAGUCCAUCUCUUACAUGGAGUGCAUGACCCAGAUCUAUUUCUUCAUCACAUUCAGCAACAUGGAUGGCUUCCUGCUGAGUGUGAUGGCCUAUGACCGAUAUGUGGCUAUUUGUCACCCACUCCACUACACCAUGAUGAUGAGGCCCAGACUCUGUGUCCUCCUGGUGGUCAUAUCUUGGGUCAUCACAAACCUGCAUGCUCUCUUGCACACUCUUCUCAUGGUUCGCCUCACCUUUUGUUCCCACAAUGCAGUGCACCACUUCUUCUGUGACCCUUACCCUAUCAUGAAGCUCUCUUGUUCUGAUACCUUUAUCAAUGACCUGAUGGUCUUCACCAUUGGUGGGCUGGUAUUUCUGACACCAUUUACAUGCAUUAUUGUUUCCUAUGCCUACAUCUUCUCUAAGGUUCUGAAAUUACAGUCUGCCCACGGAAUAAGGAAAGCUCUGUCCACAUGUGGAUCUCACCUCACCGUGGUCUCCCUUUUCUAUGGGUCAAUCCUGGGCAUUUAUAUGCACCCUUCAUCCACCUACACAGUACAGGACACAGUGGCUACUGUCAUCUUCACAGUGGUGACACCCAUGGUCAAUCCCUUCAUCUACAGCCUGAGGAAUCGUGACAUCAAAGGAGCCCUGAGGAAGAUAAUUCUUAGAUCUUAG